UUUAACUUAAAAUACCAGUAGUCUAGCGCAGGCUUGUAAAACCAACUUUGUUUUGUAUAACGUAACUAUGACUACAAUUUAUGGAACACGCGAAGAAUUUAGCACAAGUUCUCUCGUGGAUAAGAAAAACCUAAGGAUAGAUCGUCAAAAGUAUUACAUAUUCUAUCGUAACAUUAUCGAUAAAAUCAACAUGAACGACAAGGAAGACUGUGCAUGGGUCUUUGAUUCAUUAGUUGGAUUUUUGCAAGGUCCAAUUUGGUCUGCACCAUUGUUGACCUUCAUAGAAGAAAAAUCACUGAUCUUCGAAGCAGACGAGGAGGAUAAUAAUGAAGAAUAUCGUAAAAUAUAUCAAGAAUACAAAAAUUUGGUGGACCUAUUACUUGGAUGUUUCAUGGAGGACAUGGGUAUAACACCGGAACAAUUCGAGCACGCAUGUAACAUUAACAAAAAUACAAAAAUGCCGAUACAAUUUCAACAAAGUUUAUUCGAACAAAUAUGGGCGGCAAACGAGUACGAAAUUUUUAAAAGAAUGAUGAUACAAAAGAAUUUAGAAUUGCAAUUACAGGCAUUGAACAUGAUAGAACAAAAAUUUGGUCUAACUCCAGCUUCUCUUAUGUACGAAACGGAAGGUUUGCAGGACGAGGAAUUGGUAAUGGAGGAAUUAAUUAAUAAACAUAUUAUAGAGAGGCAAAAAGAGGAACGAGCGAUACCUACGGAAACUUCUCUUGUCGAAGAGCACGAACGUCUUGCUAAUGAGUAUCGUAAUGAGAAGACCUUGAUGAAGGAAGCUUUGAGGGCUUCGACACGAUCUCCUGAAAAUUCUUCUCCAGAACCAGAAACAAAUAUUACUCGUGAAAAGAUCAAAGCUCGAAUUGAAAAAUUAGAAAAGUUGCCACCAUUGAAAACAUUUCAACCACUUGACCCUAUAUCUUCAACAAAAAUGGAACGAGUUCGAAACAAUACGAAAGAAGAAGAUAUAAAAAGACGGCAAGACUAUCUAAAAGCAAGACGAGACGAAUUGGUAGCCCUAAAGAAAGAAGUACGUAGUCAGCGGCUCGAAAUGAAUGCAACGCGUCCGAGUUCUGCUCGAGUAGUUGCAGAUGCAACGAUAAAAGGCGAGCAAGAAUUAGACGUUGGUCAAUCAUUGGAACCGUCGAUUCUUCAAGUACGUAAAGCUUUAGCGGCACGAUUGAAGGCCGAAGUUGUGCACAAGUGAAGUGAAUACAUAAUAAUAUAUAUAUUUAUCGUUAUUAUACGUAUGUUCUAUUGAUCGUAAUCGGGGCAAAUUGAUCGAUCGAUUGAUUAAUUGAUUGAUUAAUACUCAUAGGAGGAUGUGUUUCGUCUUCUUCCGUCUCUUUUUAAACUUAAAUAUUAAAACAUUUUUUUCUCUUA